AUGCAGGGUAUCGAACCCUGUACCUCUCGCAUGCAAUACACAAAAUGUUCUUCUUUGCUUCACUGCUCCUUCGUCCCUUCAUCCUCUCUCUCUUUCCCUUCCUCGUUUUCAGGUUUAUCUCUUGGGUUGGAUUUGAGUUCUACUAUUGGGGUUGGAAGAAGAAGAGGCUCUGGCUUAGUGGUGAGGGCUGGGAAGGCUGCUCUGUGUCUAACCAAGAGAAAUAGGUCCCGGAAAUCUUUGGCUCGAACUCAUGGCUUCCGCAGACGCAUGAGAACCACUGGUGGUAGAGCAAUGUUGAAGCGCCGACGUGCUAAGGGACGGAAGAUCCUCUGCACGAAGACCAAUCCCAACAGUGGAAAACGUGCCUGA